AUGCUGCCCCACACAGACACACUUGCAUUAUCACCUUCCCCACCAUUUCAGGCCCGGCUGCCCCGGAAGAGUCUGGUUAAAAGGAAAAGAGAGGAAGCGGGGGCUGUGUGUUACGUUCGCGAUUUUGUCCCCCCAGAGUUUCAAGUACACAUUACGCUCUGGCAGUCAGGGCUUCCAGAGAGGCACAAAGAAAAAAGAAAGAAAAGGCGCGGGGAGCCGGCUGGAGGAUUCUGCAAGCACAGGCCCCGAUGGAGCGCCCGUUCCGUAGAUGGGAUUUCCCUCCCUUUCCCCUCCCCCGCCCGUUCGGACCCGCGGAAUUCCGCCCCCGCCGCGAGCCCGGAACAAUGCAGCCGCCCAUCCCGGGGACCCGUCACUUACCACCCAGCCGCUCGAGUCGCCAGAGUAGUCGUCUCGGUCGCCGCCGCUGCUUCACAGGCCACCUUAGUCAGCCUCCCUGCAGCCCCGGUUUCCUCACACACACACACCGAGAGGGACAAUAAACAGAGCCGCCGCCGCCGCCACGGUCACCUCCCUCUUGUCCGGCAUAACACCGCACACACACAUUUGCACACCGGGGAGAGAGGGAGGGCGCGGCGGCCGCCCCCGCUGUCAGUCAGCGCCAUGCCGUCCAAUCGGGGCCUUGUCGCCACAGCCUCUCGACCAAUCCCAAAAUUCCAAGCCCCCUGGAGGGGCGGGACCCGAGGGGAAAACGUCAUUGCGGGUAGCAACCGAAAGGAAGACUUGGGGUUUUUGUUUGUGUGUGUGUCUGUGGGUUUUCCAUUUGAAGGGAGAGCAGGGGCUGCUGUCAAGGGUCAAUUGAGGGCGGCAAAGGGAAAGGGUCGAAUUGGCCUCAGGUCGAUUUCUCGCACCUGCAGCCCGUCCCGCCCCAGGCGCUGCCGCCUGCGCCGGACCGGAGCCGCCAUACCUAAGUGCCUCAAGUACGACAAGGAGGUGUACUUCGCCGAGAGGGUGACCUCUCUGGGCAAGGACUGGCAUCGGCCCUGCCUGAAGUGCCAGAGUGGGAAGACGCUGACCUCGGGGGGCCGCGCUGAGCAGGAAGACAGGCCCUGCUGCAACCACCCUCGCGACGCCGCCAUGUUUGAGCAGAAAGGCUUUGGUCGGGGUGGAGCCGACAGCCACACUUUCAAGUAAACCGGGUGGUGGAGACCCCAUCCUUGGUCGCUCGCUGGGCCACUGUCUAGGCAAAUGCCAGGCCUCGCCCACAGAUGUCCAGGGCUUCUUUGUAGCCCCUAAUGCCCUCAAUAAACAUGAACACUUGGA